AUGCCUCCCCGGCGACGGGACGACAACUGGGUCGAUGGCGUGCGUGGUGUGGCGUCCCUGAUCGUGGUCACGGGCCACCUGUGCUCAUCCUUCGCGCCGUAUCUCCAGAAUCCCGCGCUCGCUGAGAACGGCCCGAUCGGCUUCUGGCAGCUGCCAUUCCUGCGCCUGGCCAUGGGCGGCCGCGGCGCCGUCGCCCUCUUCUUCGUCAUCACCGGCUUCGUCAACUCGCUGUCCACCGUCAAGAGCGCCCGCGCCGCCAACACCCACGCCGCCCUCACCGGCCUCGCCCGCAGCUCCUUCACGCGCUCCGGCCGCCUCGUGCUGCCCACCAGCUCCGCCACCGUCAUCGCUUGGUUCCUCACCCAGAUCGGCGCCUUUCAGCUGGCCAAGCGCGUCGAUGCCGGCUGGAUCCGCAAUGUCGGCCAUGACCCGGACCCCUUCGCCGUGUCCUUGCUGAAGCUGCUGCGCUCCGUGACCAUCUACUGGAGCUCCGGCGGCGGCGAGUACGACGCCACGCACUGGCCGCUGCCGUUUUUCCUGCACGGCUCGUUCCGCAUCUACGUCGCGCUGCUGGCCAUGAUUCUGGUGGCCCCGCGCUAUUGGUGGCUGAUUACGUCGUUUUUAUAUGUAUUCUCCUGGGUUUCCAGUGACUACCUCAUUGGUACCAACAUAUUCGCCGGGAUGCUGAUCGCCCAGCUGCACGUCGACUACGGCUCGCGUGCCACCAGCAUGCUACCAAAAAUUGUCCCCAGCAUCCUCAUAAUUCUAGGCCUCUUCCUCUGGUGCAUUCCGCAGGACAACCCGCACUGGGCGCUCUGGUCCAGGAUCAUGCAAAACUGCUUCGCCGCCAUCACGCCCCGCGGCUCCGAAACCAACAAGUACUGCUCCUCGGUCGGCGUCACGCUGCUGAUGCUGGGCAUCUUCUUCUCCAAGAACGCGCGGAAACUGCUCACCACGCCCUUUUUCAACUUCCUCGGCCGCGUCUCCUACCCGGUGUACCUGCUGCACAACUCCCUCAUCCGCACCAUCCUCGUCUGGAUGAUCUACGGGCCCAACGCCGCCAAGACCCCCCUCCGCGACGACAAGGGCAAGCUCGUCGAGGUCAAGCGCGCCGGUCCCCUGGCCUUCGUCUUCGCCAUCCCCACCUUCUACGCCGUCUUGUACAUGGUCUCGUGGCUGUGGACCAAGCACGUCGACCCCGCCUGCGCCUCCGUGGUCGACUGGAUGAAGGACCUGAUGUUCCUGGAGGAAGAGAAGCAGCCCCAGGAGAAACCUCUCCCUUUGACCCAAGUGACGUAG